UAGCUCUAUAGUUUCCAGGGAACCUAAACCGGUCGGACGGUGUCAUGUAAAACAGCUGAGCACCGGGACACAUUUAGGAAGAAACUAACAUUCUGCCGCUCCUAAAGGAAACAAAAUUUGGAUUUUUCUUCCUUCUACAUUAGUAAAAGUUGGACAUCCAGCAGCACGUGACUAAAGCUGCACAGAUUCCCAUUCUGUGAUGGAGGAGGAAGAUGACUGUCCAGAGUUGGUGCCCAUCGAGCCCCAGGCGACUCCACCUGCACAGCAGAUCCCGGUCACCAUCAUCACAGGCUACCUUGGAGCUGGAAAGACAACACUCUUGAACUACAUAUUAACUGAACAACACAACAAACGGAUUGCUGUCAUUCUCAAUGAAUUUGGAGAAGGCAGCGCUCUGGAGAAGUCUCUAGCAGUGAGCCAAGCAGGAGAGCUGUAUGAAGAGUGGCUGGAGCUGAGAAAUGGCUGCCUCUGCUGCUCUGUCAAGGAUAAUGGCCUUAAGGCCAUUGAAAACCUGAUGGAGAAAAAAGGAAAGUUUGAUUAUAUUCUGUUAGAAACUACAGGGCUUGCUGAUCCAGGAUCGGUGGCUUCCAUGUUUUGGGUUGAUGCAGAGCUUGGCAGUGAUAUUUAUUUGGACGGUAUCGUCACUGUCAUCGAUGCCAAGUUUGGGCUACAGCAACUAAUGGAGGAGAAGGCGGAGGGAUUCAUCAAUGAGGCAGCAAGACAGAUUGCUGUUGCUGACUUGACUAUAAUCAAUAAGACUGACCUAGUGGCUGAGGAGGAACUAAAUCAAGUCAGAGAUGCUGUCAGGUCUAUAAAUGGUCUCGUCAAAAUCCUAGAAACCCAGAGAUCAAGGGUGGAUCUCUCUGAAGUGCUGGACCUGCAUUCCUUUGACAUCGAGGACGGAGCAAAACUUGCUGAGAAGCUCCAGCUCGUGAAACCCACAAGACCUCAUCUCGACAAGAGUAUUUUAACUGUGAUGUUUGAGGUGGCGGGAGAUCUUUCAGAAGAUUCCCUCAAUGCCUUUAUCCAAGAUCUUCUUUGGGAAAAGAAAUUCCUCAACACAGAAAAGGAACCCAUGACUGUCAUUCGCUUAAAGGGCAUAGUAUCAUUUGCAGGUAAAGACCGACAGGUGAUGCUGCAGGGGGUGAAUGAGCUGUACGAGCUCAAUGACACUCCUCAACUGUGGGAAGAGAACCAACGGAUCAACCGGAUGAUUUUUAUAGGUAGAAACCUGGACAAAGACAUUUUGGAAAAACAUUUCAUUUCGACUGUAAUUCAGAACUCAGAAAAAAACUAACCAAGCCUUCGUCUUAUGUUCACGUGUCGUCUCUGGAGCAAACUGCUGGAGUUGAGUUUGGGACUUUCUUUGCCCUUCUAAGGAAAGAUGAAUGAUAGUGACUGUUUUAAAAUCUACAAGUUGAGUUUCAAAGUUAUGUAUGGCUUAAAAAAUGUACAGAGAUCUAAAGGCUGCAGCAUUCAAGGUUAGUGUAUGAUAAUGGAUAUAGUUUGCUGUUUAAAUUUUUAAUAUUUUGCAACUCUGUAGUUUAAUUCUAAUUUUAAAAAUAUACAUGUAAUGAAGGAACAUUAGGUAAACACACGUUUUUCCCACAGUCAAGCACAUUUACACAGCAAGGUUUUGUUAAAUAAAAAAAACUUCCACAAUUUUAAUCAAAUGAGCAAAAGGAAUAAAAUGUUGUUUUCCUUGUAUUUUCUUA